AUGGAGUUGGUGGAUCUACCUACCAUAGGAGGAAAGUUUACUUGGAUAAAAAGUAAUGGAAAGACUAUGAGUAGGUUAGAUAGAUUUCUCCUAUCGGAAAGUUUUAUUGAAGAGUGGAAGGUGGAUGGUCAACAUAUUGGAGAGAGGGAUGUGUCCGACCAUGCUUCAAUUUGGUUAAAAGACAAUAGAAAGGAUUGGGGCCCAAAACCUUUCAAGUUCAAUAAUAUGUGGUUCAAACAUGAGGAUUUUGAUUUAUUUGUGGAGGAGGAGUGGAAAAGGAUUAAUUUCAAAGGAAGAGGUGACUUUUGCUUGAACGAAAAGUUGAAAACUCUCAAAAACCGGAUAUCUUGGUGGAACAAAAAUGUUUAUGGGUGGAUAGAUCUCAAAAUUAACAAUGAUGGGAAAGAGUUGCACUCUUUAGAUAACAUGUUUGUUCAUUUUGCAGGUAACGUUCCGGAUGAAGUGGUCUUGAAAAGAUCAAAAGUGGCAGAGGAUUUUUGGGAUAACAUAAAUAAGAGAGAAGGCCUCCUUAGAUUAAAGUCGAGACAACUUUGGCUUUCCGAAGGUGAUGACAACACUCGCUUCUUUCACAACUCACUAAAAGAUAGAAGAAGGAGAAAUUCUAUUUGCUCCAUUGAUACAACGGCGGGUAGAAUGGAAGGGGUUGAAGAAAUCAAAGAAGUCACUUUCAAGCAUUUCGAAAACUUCUUUAAAGAAGACGUUCCCUUUAGGCCGGAGCCUAUUGGGAUCAAUGUGAAAUCUUGA